AUGAUUUUUUUUGGAGUGAAAGGGGGAAAAUUACAACCCAUAAAUUGGCUACAAAAUAUUUUACAUACAAUUCGAUUGUUUUCAAACCAUAAGCAUCAAUUAUUCAGUGUAUGUUUAACAUUUCAUAAGCAACGAAAUGUUCAAGUAUUGUGGGAAUAUGAGAAACAUGCAAAUAAGGCGAUUUCCCUUUGGCAUCACAACAAACAAAUAAGAAAUAUUUAUAGAAAAGAUUCUGAACACAAGGAGUUAAUUGGUAAUCAAGUCGAACGAUGA